UGUAUUCGCUGCCAGAGGGGGAUUUGUGUGCGAAAAUGGCUACGUCCCGUCGCAUUUCCCAGCACCAGCAACAUCAAAACUUAUCCUCCUCGCCAAGAACAGGCUCCAGUCCCCUCACCCCUCCAGAAUCACCCCCAGAUACCGGUGGAACCGCUGUUGGUGGGGAGUCGGAGAGCGUCGGGGACUCGGAGAUUACUCCUGAAAUCCCCGCUCCGCUACUCAGUAGCAGCAGCAGCAGCACCACCAGCUCCAGUAGCACUAGCUCAUCUUCCACCGACGGGGGCAGUAGUGUGGGCUCCACUCCCGACUCCGGUCGUGCCAGUCCUGGAGGCAGCGUCUGCGGUACGAGUGGGGCUUUCAGGGAGCUGUUCGAGGCCUGCAGGAAUGGGGACGUGUCUCGGGUGAAGAGGCUGGUGGAUUCACUCAAUGUAAACGCGAAGGACAUGGCCGGGCGCAAAUCCACCCCACUUCACUUCGCCGCUGGUUUUGGAAGGAAAGAUGUUGUCGAGCAUCUUCUGCAGACGGGGGCAAAUGUGCAUGCGCGAGACGAUGGAGGGUUGAUCCCUCUGCACAACGCAUGUUCAUUUGGCCAUGCUGAGGUGGUCAGCUUGCUGCUCUGUCAGGGGGGCGAUCCUAAUGCCAGAGACAACUGGAAUUACACUCCGCUUCAUGAAGCUGCCAUCAAGGGUAAAAUCGAUGUAUGCAUCGUGCUGCUCCAGCACGGCGCCGAUCCCAACAUCCGCAACACUGACGGCAAGUCUGCCCCGGAUCUCGCUGACCCAUCCGCUAAAGCUGUUCUUACCGGCGAAUACAAGAAGGACGAACUCCUGGAAGCUGCGAGGAGCGGAAAUGAAGAGAAGCUCAUGGCCCUGCUCACGCCAUUAAACGUCAACUGCCAUGCCAGCGACGGUCGUAAGUUGACAUCUCAAAAAAUGCUGUCCACUCCAUUACAUCUGGCAGCUGGAUACAACAGAGUCCGAAUAGUUCAGCUGCUUCUCCAACAUGGAGCUGAUGUUCACGCUAAAGAUAAAGGUGGUCUUGUUCCUCUACACAAUGCCUGCUCGUAUGGACACUAUGAGGUUACAGAACAGCUGCUAAAGCAUGGGGCAUGCGUCAAUGCCAUGGACCUCUGGCAGUUCACCCCUUUGCACGAGGCCGCCUCCAAGAAUCGCAUGGAAGUGUGUUCCUUACUGCUGUGUCACGGAGCCGACCCCACUCUGGUCAACUGCCAUGGAAAGAGCGCGGUGGAUAUGGCCCCGACCCCAGAACUCAAAGAGAGGCUUACCUAUGAGUUUAAGGGCCACUCUCUGCUCCAGGUGGCACGGGAGGCAGACAUGACAAAAGUGAAGAAGAGCCUGGCUCUGGAGAUCAUCAGCUUCAAGCACCCACAGACACAGGAGACAGCACUGCACUGUGCGGUUGCCUCGCCUCAUCCGAAAAGAAAACAGGUCACUGAACUGUUGCUACGGAAAGGAGCCAAUGUCAAUGAAAAGAACAAAGACUUCAUGACACCUCUCCAUGUGGCGGCUGAGCGGGCGCACAACGACGUCAUGGAGGUGUUGCAGAAACACGGGGCGAAGAUGAAUGCCGUUGAUACUCUGGGUCAGACAGCGUUGCACAGGGCAGCUCUGGCUGGACACUUGCAGACGUGCAGACUUCUGUUGAGUUAUGGAGCCGAUCCCGCCAUCGUCUCCCUACAAGGCUUCACAGCUGCACAGAUGGGCAAUGAAGCCGUACAGCAAAUACUGACCGAAAACGUUCCUGUGAGGAACUCAGAUGUGGACUACAGACUCUUAGAAGCAGCAAAAGCAGGAGACUUAGACACUGUGAAGCAGCUCUGCUCCCCUCAGAAUGUGAACUGUCGAGACCUAGAGGGCCGGCACUCCACGCCACUCCACUUUGCCGCCGGUUAUAAUCGCGUGGCCGUGGUUGAGUACCUGUUACACCACGGUGCCGACGUCCAUGCCAAAGACAAAGGAGGUUUGGUGCCAUUGCAUAAUGCCUGCUCGUACGGCCAUUAUGAAGUGGCAGAGCUGCUGGUCAGGCACGGAGCUUCGGUCAACGUGGCCGACCUGUGGAAGUUUACCCCACUGCACGAGGCAGCGGCCAAGGGCAAAUACGAGAUCUGCAAACUGCUGCUGAAGCAUGGAGCAGACCCCACCAAGAAAAAUCGGGAUGGAAACACUCCAUUGGACAUGGUGAAGGAGGGAGACACAGAUAUCCAGGACUUGCUGAGAGGAGAUGCGGCGCUUUUGGACGCCGCCAAAAAGGGCUGCCUGGCCCGGGUCCAAAAACUGUGCAGCUUGGAAAACAUCAACUGCAGAGACACACAGGGACGCAACUCCACUCCCCUGCACCUGGCAGCUGGCUAUAACAAUCUGGAGGUAGCAGAGUACUUACUUGAACAUGGGGCAGAUGUCAAUGCACAGGACAAAGGUGGCCUUAUUCCCCUCCACAACGCAGCCUCUUAUGGGCAUGUGGAUAUUGCAGCCCUGCUGAUCAAGUAUAACACCUGUGUAAAUGCCACUGAUAAAUGGGCCUUUACCCCUCUCCAUGAGGCUGCACAGAAGGGGCGCACACAGCUCUGUGCUCUGCUGCUGGCCCACGGGGCCGACCCCACCAUGAAGAACCAGGAGGGCCAGACGCCACUGGACUUGGCAACGGCUGAUGAUAUCCGUGCACUGCUGAUUGAUGCCAUGCCCCCUGAAGCCCUUCCUAGUUGUUUUAAGCCGCAGGCUACAGUGGUCAGUGCCUCUGUCAUAUCUCCAGCAUCCACACCCUCCUGCCUGUCUGCUGCUAGCAGCAUAGACAAUCUGGCUGGACCCAUAGCAGAACUGGCUGUGUCUGGGGCCUCGGGCCCUGCUGAUGGGGCCACUGGAUCAGAGAGGAAGGAGGGAGAAAUUGCAAUUCUGGACAUGAACAUCAGUCAGUUCCUGAAGAGUUUGGGUUUGGAGCAUUUGCGGGAAAUAUUUGAGAGAGAGCAGAUUACCUUGGAUGUGCUGGCUGAUAUGGGGCACGAGGAGCUCAAGGAGAUUGGGAUCAACGCGUACGGGCACAGACACAAACUUAUCAAAGGCAUUGAGAGACUGCUUGGCGGUCAACAAGGUGCCAACCCAUAUCUGACAUUCCACUGUGCGAGUCAGGGCACGGUGCUGAUCGACCUAGCCCCUGAUGAUAAGGAGUUUCAGUCAGUAGAGGAGGAGCUGCAAAGCACGAUCAGAGAGCACAGGGAUGGUGGCAAUGCAGGGGGAGUUUUCAGCAGGUACAACAUCCUAAAGAUUCAGAAGGUGGUGAACAAGAAGCUAAGAGAAAGAUAUGCACACCGCCAGAAGGAGAUCGUAGACGAGAACCACAAUCAUCACAACGAGCGCAUGCUCUUUCAUGGGUCACCAUUCAUCAAUGCCAUUAUCCAUAAAGGAUUUGAUGAGAGACAUGCUUACAUAGGGGGCAUGUUUGGGGCCGGGAUCUACUUUGCAGAGAACUCCUCUAAAAGCAACCAGUAUGUCUAUGGCAUCGGAGGUGGAACGGGCUGCCCCACACAUAAAGACCGAUCCUGUUAUAUUUGCCAUAGGCAGAUGCUGUUCUGUAGGGUCACACUUGGUAAAUCCUUUUUGCAAUUCAGUGCCAUGAAAAUGGCUCAUGCUCCUCCAGGGCACCAUUCCGUCAUCGGUCGGCCCAGCGUCAAUGGGUUAGCCUACGCCGAAUAUGUCAUCUAUCGAGGGGAACAGGCCUACCCGGAGUACCUUAUCACAUAUCAGAUCCUCAAGCCAGACAGCACACCUCCAUCCCCGACAGCAGCAGAGCAGAAAUCCUAGUCCACACGGAACCAAGAUCAGCAGGCUGUGGCCCUGUGAAACACUUGGACUGUUAACCAAACAUUUCAUCAACAUUUAUUUACCCAUAAACCUCUGUACCGCCUCUUUUGUUUUGCAGAUAUUCGCCAUUCCUGUCCCCGUGAGUGUUUACGUGAAAGAGUUGCCUUGGCUGGCUGCGGCCUGGCCAGCAUGUGUACCCCUUUUUUUAGUCAGGGGUCAGGUUUUAGGUUUCAGGGCUAAAAGGAUGGUCUUUAAAGUGUGAAACAACUCUCUGUAAAAUUACUGCCCUGUGAAAGACAACAAGUGACCUCUUCCCCAUCAUUAUACUCAAUGUAAAAAAUGGUAUGUUUUAAUUGGAGCGUUACAUUUAAUUAAGCUUCUAUUUCUUUGAAACCAUUUUAUUAUGACUGUGAUUUAUAUAUUUCUUUUAAUUUCCUCAAUAAAAUUCACACUAAGAAAAUGGACCAUGUCCCCAUUACACUUCAAAGGGACAUGAUAUUUCAGUGAUCCCCUCUCCAUUGAAGUUCAAGUUAAGACUCAUUGUGUUGUGCUUUUAUUUUGUCUUAAUGCAUUGUUAUAAAAAAGCCUUAGAGGGUAUGUAAAGGAAAAAAGAAUGCUGAUGUGGGUGGAGACCAAAACUAUUCAAAAGGCCUUUGAAAGCAAAAUAUGUUUUACACUUUGUACUUAUUUUUUCCAUUUCUUUGCACAGGAAUUCCACUCAGAAUGUUCCAUUCCAUUGCCAUAGCCCAAUCCAAAAACAUCUUUUUAAGAAUUUGCACUUUUAAGCAGGACUUAAGUUAUUCUGAAUAAUUUUAAAAAGACAGGAAAAAAGUUCACUAAUGUACAGAUUGUGUAAUGGACAAUGCCUUUGUAUAUCUUACCAUGUUGUUUACUGAUACAGAGUGGGUUUUAUUUGUACUGUAAAGGAAGUGGGAAUUCUUCCUUUCAGAUCUUCUAUAUUUUAGGACGAUUGUUAAGUGACUUCACUUUGAAAGUCACUCCUUUUGGUUUCAUUUUUGUUUUAGAUUACGACCACAGAAAUUCCUAAAUCUCACUUAUUCCAGUGCUGUUAUUUGAUACUGAUGUAUCAGCAGCUCGGAUGGCACACUCGCACAUUCAUGUUACAGAAUGAAAUGAAGGACAUGUUCUUGUAUUUGGACAUGGCUCUACCUCUUGAAGUCUGUUCGCAAGGAGUUCACUACACUCCUGUUUGGUUGCUUUGCUCAGGUGUAGUUUGUGGUUUUGUGUAUAUUUAAUGGAGGUGAUCUGCCUUACUCCAGGGAAGAGAGAAAGAGAGGUCUGACUUGUUUUUCUCACCUCUUAAAGCCAAUAUGUGGGAAAGAAACGUUCCUCUCCAAACUAUAAUCUCAAUUCUAUGAGCUGUAAUUUGACUUUUAUUUCCGUUUUCCUGUGAACUUAAAUGAGAUUUAGAAACGGUUUAUCUAACAUAAGCAGUCAGCAAACUAAUCAAACACUCGAUCAUGUAAAACUGUCUUAAUAAAGUACGUCAUAAAUACCAUCUACUGUCUUUUUUCAUAUUGUCUUAUCCCUUGUUUAAUUGUAGUGUUGUCCUUUUCGUUUUAUUGGUAGAACAAUCAAUGUUUAGGAAAUCUGUUGUAAUAUUUUGUGUAAUUUGCUAAUAAAAUACUUGUGAA